GCGGGCGCAGGUAGGAGCUGCCGGAGCGGGGGGAGACCCCAGCAUGGACCGUUCUGGGCGCUUUGGGUCGGGUUUGGCUGCGCCGGGCAUGAGGGUUUGCACGGGGAGGCUGCGAGGGAUGCCCAAGGCUGGAUGUGGGGAGACACCAAGAUGUCGGAUGUGGGCCGGGUGUUUUCCAGCUGGAUUUUGGGCGGGUGGGAAGGUGGAAGGGUGAUCUUGCUAUGGCGAGAGGCAGAAACAGAGAAUCCAUCGGGAAAGCUGCGUGGGGGCAUGGGAUACCUGGGAUACCCACCCCAGGGCGUGGAGGAGAGGUGGGGGUGAGCUGCAGGGAUAUUCUGCUCAUCCCAGCCUCCAUGCACCGGGAAUGGGAAUGGGGGGCUGUGAGCGGAGCAUCCCCCAUGGAGCUUUUAGGGAGCAGAGCUGCAGCUUUGCUGUGGGAACGGCUCUUGAGCAACUUGGCCUGAGAGCAAGAAUGAGGAAGAUUAUGGGGUGGUUCUUAUACAACCCCUGCGUGGCUUCAAAAACACAUGGAGAUCCAUGGGGAUCCGGUGCGCCGGCAUAUGAGUCACUGCUCCUGUCAGCCCCCGGCGGCUCUGACCUGCGGCGGCUGGAUCCCGGCUGGAUCCCGGCCCAGUGAGGCAGAACAUUCCCGCUGCAGCAUCGACCUCGGGACGGCAACGAGAGGAUCCGGGAGGAUUUCGGGGCGAUUUGAAGCUCUCAGAGUUUGAGAGGGAAUUGCAGAUUCAGAAGGAGCCCAGACCUUCCCCUGGGACAAGCCGAUGCGAUGGAAGGGGAUCAGCCCCUUCUGACUGCAGAGCUGACAACCCCCUUCCUGAAGAAGGCUCACCCUGCACCUUUCCAUGAGGACGCCAACACUGUGGUCAUUGCAGUUGUCAUCACGCUGGUGUUCCUCACCCUGCUGACGGUCCUGGUGGUGAUCAUCAUCUACCUGUACAGAAACAAAGGCAGCUACCUCACCUACGAGCAGCCGGCAGCAGAGACCGACGUGUCGGUGCAGAUGGAGGAUGCUCCAUCCAAAGAGAAAGAAGAGUAUUUCAUCUAAGGCACGGCUUCAGCGCACGCUUCUCACGCGCUCGGGGCCGAACUUCCCCAAUCCCGAGUUGGGGAUUUCCAAGCUGCUUUUUUCUUCUUUUCCUUAAUUUAUUAAGCCAAGCAUGGAAGGAAAACCACCCAGGGGUGUGUCAGAGCUUUGCCCAUCGCUGCCCAGCCGGAGCACACCAAUGGCAGCAGGAGAGCAGCACCCACCCCAGCUCCUCCUUGCAGUGCUUUCAAAUACAACCCUCUGACAAACUGA